CUCAAUGAAACAUUCGGGUGUUCUCGCACCGCUAUGAUUCCUAUAAGGAUAACGCCAGUUUCUAUCAAUUUCCGCAUGCGUAAAGGGACGAAAAGCCAAAAAUCUCAGUAUGAAUGAGGUGCUGUCUGGGGGUCACACAAGCACUGUGUUGUGUGUAGAUGUCCAAAAGGAUGGCAGCAACAUUGCCUCAGGAGGCGAGGGUGGGCAGAUUUGUCUCUGGUCAUCAAGUGGAACACUGGUCCAAAAGUAUGUUAAUGAAAACACUGAUUGUGGAUCAGUCUGCUUUUCUAAGGAAAAAGAAAAUAUACUUUAUGCAUCCUUUGAUACCAAGAUUUGUGUGUUUGAUUUGAAGAAUUUUUCUGAACCUUUGGAAACAUUCAAUGUGAACCAAGAUGAAGUCAACCAGAUAGUGUUGGAUGAAAAAGAGAAAUUUCUUGCUGCUUGUGAUGAUUCUGGUGAAAUAAAAAUUCUUGAUAUUCAGGAAAAUAGAGUUUAUAAAACUCUUAGGCAUAAACACACUAAUAUUUGUUCAUCUGUUUGUUUUCGGCCGAAAAAACCAUGGGAGAUAAUAACUGGAGGUUUAGACUGUAAGCUGAUUCAUUGGGACUUCUCAAGACCAAAGUGUUUGAAUCAGUUCAAUAUGCAAGAAAUGCAGAACACAAAUUCUGACAUGGAAGCAUAUAUGGUAAACCCUCCUUUUAUCCAUAACUUGGCCUCCUCAAGCGAUGGACACUAUCUCGCAUGUGCUUUAGAAAAUGGACUUGUCAGCCUCUUUGAUAUGAAAAGGAAGAACAUACGAGAACUUUUCAGCCUACAUGCUCAUUCUCAAGGUACUUCACAGGUUCACUUCAUCUCGGAUACAUGUUUGGUAUCCGGGGGCAACGACUGUUGCGUUGUACUUUGGGAUCUUGAGAAAUCAAAUGACAAUGAAGCGACAUCAAAUGUUGGUGAAAGUAAUGGUGCCAGUCCCUUGACCAAUGGUCACACUCAUCCCCAGGAACAGAGGAAUGAAAAUGUGUCUAGUGCUUGUAAAGUGCUGGAGAUUCAACAUUCCAAUAAAAUAAACUGGAUGAAACCUUUCGAGAAGAAUGGUGUGAGAAAACUUGCAGUGGCAGAUCAGACCCCCAAUAUCACAAUACUGUCACUGCAGUAACAUUUUGCCAUAUAUGCUGAGUUUUGAAUUUGCUGCUGUGAAUGGAAACAUUUUAUCAUGAUAUUUUAACUGCAAGUAAAUUAAACCGUAAUACUUUUUAUGGCAUGAUUCUAGUAUUACUGCAGUGAAGAACAAGAUUUUAUCAUGACAUUCUCUUGCUGCUGUGAAAUUGCAACCACACACACAGUUCAUAUGAAUGUUUUUGGUGUGAAAUGUGAACAAUAUACCUGGUAGCUGGUUCUGUCACUACAGUGAACAAGGAGACUCAUAGUGCCUUUAUGUAUACGGUACAAAAGAUAGAAUGUCAAAUUUAUGGCACAUUGUGGCAGUAGUAAGGAAAGUUGAUGUCUUUGGCAUUGUAAUCUCUUCAGUAGUAACAGUACCUUAAUAUAUAUUAAAAUGUUUGAUUAUAUGAUAAUUAAGGGUCCAAUAAGGUUACCCUACUUGAUUUCUGAAGUCCCAUGUAAAGUUCACUUAACAUUUGGGAAUAGACAAUUUCAUAAGUCAAAUAUCACUAGUAACUAUUUCUCUAAAUUCUGACGGUCAAACGUGUUGAGGGUGGAAUGGAAGCUCAGAACACUUCAUUACCACUACUGUCCAGUACAAUUUUGUGCAAGAUGUAUUUAUUGUGUGUCAGAUGUACAUGUACAUACAAGGUAUUUAUUUUUGAAAAGACUUUUCGUUUUCAACUUUUUGAUAUUUCUAGAUGAUGAGUAUAUUACUAUAUAUUUUGCAGACACGGACAAUCCUGUGUCCCAAUAUAAAAGUGCAGGCAUGGACCACAAUACCUUAGAGAUUAUCUACAAUGUUCCCUAGAUAUAUACUUGAAAUGUGUUUAUUGAAAAAUGCUUUAAAAGUACAUAUUUAAGUAUUUCUUUCAUGCAAGAAAGAAAAUGAUCAAACUUGGGCAAUUAUAUGAAUCAUUAUUUCAUAAUUGAAUUAAAAAUUGUAAGAGAAAAAUUUAGUAAGUUGCAAUUGGUGUUUUCUCUGUGAGGUAACAUUUGAAUCCUAUUAAAGUGAACUUAAAGUAAAGUUUCUUUAUUAUCUUAAAUUGAAACUAAUGAAUGUUACUAACUUCUGAUGGAUAGUUGGGUAGUGCUAGACUCACUUUAUUGUAAUUUCCAGGCCUUGGUUUCAUGACUUCACUUGGAAUGACAGCUGAAUAUUUUGUAGCUUUCAGAUUUUAGAAUUUGGUGAAAUUUUAACAUGUUUGCAUGAUGUAUUGAAUUGCCUGAAUAAUAAAUUGAAGGAAUAAUCCUCAAAAUAUAGA